UGCCCGCAUCUUAUGGGAUGCUCCGGCGCCCGGAGGAAAAGCCCACCGCCUUUGCUCCACUCCGCUAGGGCAUAACCGCAAGCGCCCCUCGAUCGCCAUCGUCGCCCUUCCUGGGGCCUAUUUGGAUCUUGGACGCCCGCGGGUCGUAUCCGUCGGAAAGUAGCUAGGAUUUUUCACCGAGAGAACGAGAGAACGGGGGAACGAGGUCGUAGUUUCUUCUUCUCCGAGAAAAAGCAAAAUCCGUUCCUUCUGAUGGUUGAAUUCGAGUUUUGACAAAAUUCUGAGCCCGAUUUCUUAGAAGUCUUAAACACAACGAAGAGCGCAGCAAGAUAGAUGUCGAUCGGUAGGAUAGAAGGAAGCGGAUGUGGCACCAUGGAGAUCGGAAGAAGCCGCGACAGGAUCAGUGAAUUGCCCGACGCCAUUCUUCACCACAUAUUCUCUUUCCUCCCCACCAGACAACUCGUGGAGGCGAGCAUCCUGUCGAAGAGGUGGGCGCACCUAUGGGAAUCGACUCCCACCCUAUCAUUCUCCUCUGAUGACUUCGAUUCCACCAUGGAUGGUAGACGGAGGUUCACAAACUUUAUUGACACCGUCCUCCUCCUCCGCGAUGCGUCGGACAUCUCUACGGUCCGCCUUCGAUGGACGGGGGAAGGGAAAGAUUUGGAGCAAGCUGACAGAUGGCUCCGUUUUGUGGUGAAACGUAACGUUAAACGGCUUGAGCUUCAAAUGCAUUUGUACAUAGAUGAGAUCCUGCCGAGCUGCAUCUUCAAUUGCCAGUCACUGCAGGUACUGAAGCUGGAAGUUAUGUGUGGUUUCAUCGGUUUGCCUGGCCCCGUGUCCCUUCCUAAGCUUAAGAGGUUGGAAGUUUCAUAUGCCGAAUUCCUGGAUGAUGACUCAUUAAAGGAUCUCCUCUCUGGAUGCCCUCUCCUCCAAGUUUUAUCCUUCGAACAUUGUUAUUUCACUAGUUUAGAGAUUUGUUCCCCUGAACUAAAGAGUUUAGAACUAUAUGUACCGGACGAUGCUGACACCACGAUUCGGAUUUCUGCUCCUAAACUGCUAUCCUUGACCUACUGGGGCAUGGUGUUUCAAGAACUUACUCUGAUGAACUUGUCUUCUUUGACGUAUGCUUCUGUCUGCCUCUUUUUUAAUUCAUUGAAUGAUGAUAUUGAGGAUACGGAUCGGUGUAGAAGAAUAAGUAACGUGCUUACAGGACUUCAUAAUGUUGAGUCUCUGGAAUUCUUGUCUGGUGCCUUCAAGUUUCUCCUGCAAAUGAGAGAUCGUUCCCAGAGUCUUCCCUUAUUUCGCAACCUUAAGCAUCUGAGAGCAGGUAUUUCACUUGACAAAGAUGGCAUUACAGGGAUAACCAGCCUGCUUCAGUGCUCACCCAAUCUGGAAUUUCUGGUGAUUGAUCAAUAUAAGGUGCCACAGAAUUUAUGUGUGGAAGGAGGGUCCAUUGCCACUAUGCCGGAUUCAACUCGUCUGUGUCACCUUAGGGUGGUUGAGAUCAAUAACUUUGGUGCAACUGAACAUGAACUCAGUUUUGUGAAAUUAUUAUCUGGUAACAUAUUUUCAGCAGAAAAAGUUGCUCUAGUUCCAUCAAAGAAGAGAGAAUCAGGUGAUGAUGCAUGCAGAUGGAAGUAGUAGUACGACCAUUCAGCAUGAAGAGAUCCAAGGAUUGCUAACAUCUUCUAGCCUACCACAUGCUGGUCUUCAAUAGUCAGCUUUUACUUUUAGUUUUGUAGCGGAAACCCUGUGAGGAAUUUUUGUAAUUAUAUCUUACUUGGGAAGAAGUGUUUUUGCCUCUUGGGUACUGCUUUAAAAUAGCAUAAUCAUUAGCGAAAGAUAAAUUGCAGAUAUGUAAUCUGGCCUUUUGUUCUUUGAUAUGUCUUCCCUUUGAAUAUUUC